ACCAAACACCCUUUAAGAGAAACAAUGCACAAGGCUCAACCUUGCACAGUCGCACUGAAACACCUUCAACAUUUGUAAUAGUCUCUCUCCUCUGCUCCGCCGUGUUGCACCACCAUCGCUUCACCGUAGAUUGUCGAUGAAAUCGGUAACUCCGUGAACUCUGCUCAAACUAUUAUUAUAAUUAUUACUUUCAAGUUUCUCAAAAAAUGUGGAAAUUCAGAAGAGGAAUUUAUCUAUUAAACUUAUCGUAUGAGUUGAGUUUGGGUGUUCGUGUUAAUUCUAUUAAUCUGGGAAGAACCCAAGUUCCUAAAUUUGUAACUAUUAUUUCUGAAAAUCUCAAAUACCCUUUUAGUUUUAAUUCCCAAAUUCAGUUUUUUUGCUCUGCUACAUCGAAUUGCUUGAACCUAGAAUCGAAUUCAACUGAUUUAAGUUGUGAUAAUAAUGGUGAAAAUGGUUGUAAAAAUGAUGAAGAUGAUGGGUUUAGUGGGGAUGAUGAUGAUGAGAUUGAAACUGUGAAAUUGGGUUUUAAUGAUGGGAAACUUAAAUAUGAUUUAGGGGUUGUUUUGGAAAUCUUGAAGGGCAGUGUAAGCAAGAGUGACCCGUCUCAGGGCGAGAUUUCAUGUGAUAGGCCGAGGUUAUUCGGUGGGACGGAAGUUACUAACAAGCUCAAUCAAUGUGGGGUUUCACUCACUUCGGAGCUGGUGGUGGAGGUAUUGUCUAGAACUAGGAAUGAUUGGGAGGUGGCAAUCAUGUUCUUUCUAUGGGCCGGGAAGCAGCCGGGAUAUGUGCAUUCGGUGAGAGAGUAUCAUUCGAUUAUAUCAAUCUUGGCGAAGAGGAGGAAGUUUGAUACCGCCUGGUCUUUGAUUGAUGAGAUGAGAAAGGGUGGUAUUGUGAAUCCUAACACUCUACUUAUAAUGAUUAGAAGGUAUUCUGCUGUUCAUGAUGUUGUGAAUUCUAUAAACACUUUUCAUGCUUUUAAGAAGUUUGGUUUUCGCAUUGGGAUGGAGGAAUUUCAGAAGCUACUUUCUGCUCUUACUCGAUACAAGAAUGUGCAGGAAGCUGAGCAGUUGCUUUUUAGUAACAAAAACACAUAUGAAUUCAAUACCAAGAGUUUUAACAUCAUCCUGAAUGGCUGGUGCAAUAUUGUAGGUAGUCCGCGUGAGGCUAAUAGAUUCUGGAGUUUGAUGAAUGAACUGAGAGUGAAACUUGAUGUCAUUUCUUUUUCGAGUAUUAUAUCUUGCUACUCGAAGUUAAACAGGCUGAAAGAAGUCCUCAAAUUGUUUGCCCAGAUGAAGGAAAUGGGUAUUGAACCUGAUAGGAAAGCCUAUAAUUCUGUUUUGCAUGCUCUUGCAAAGGACGGUCGUGCAGCAGAAGCCUUGAAUCUUCUGCAAACCAUGGAAGAUAAGGGCAUUGCCCCAAAUGCUGUCACUUAUAACUCAUUGAUUAAGCCGUUAUGCAGGGCCCGAAGAAGGGAUGAAGCACAGAAUGUCUUUGGUGAGAUGCUCAGCCGUGGCUUGCAGCCCACUAUUCGAACUUUUCAUGCAUUCUUGCGUAUUCAGAGGACAGGAGAAGAGGCGUUCAUGUUGUUAGACAAAAUGAAGGAGUUGGGUUGUCAGCCAAAUAAAGAUACUUAUCUAUUAUUAAUAAGGAAAUUUUGCAGAUGGGGUCAGCUUGAUAAUGUGUUCAUCCUGUGGGAUCAGAUGACCGAUAAUGGUUUAAACGAUGAUGCAACUUCACAUAUAGCUUUGAUACAUGGACUCUUUUUGAAUGGAAAGCUAGAAGAAGCACACAAGAUAUAUUCAGAGAUGAAGGGGAAAAAUUUGCUUCCAGAUGCCAAAACAGAUGAAUUGAUCCAGACCUGGUUGUCUAAUAAGCAAAUGGAAAAUUCACCUUUGACGAAUUCAGAAGCUAGCUUGGUAACUAAUGAUCAUGUCCCCAGCAAAACCAAAACCAUCAAAAAACAAUUUGGUCAAGGAACUGGUGCUACAAAGGAGCCUGAAUUCAGAAAAGUUAUUAAAGAGCGGGGCUUUUCUUUUUGGGAGUAAUAGAUUAUGACGCCUAAAUCAUCAAUACUUUCUGGUAACAUGUGAAGAUCAUCAAACUUCUCAGCAGGCAUCAUUGUUAUUACCCUGCAGAGCUGUAUUGUGGAUGUUUAUCCGAACUUAAACAUCCCCCCAUGUAAAAUAUCCUCUAUCUCCUCAUUGCUGCUGCAAUAAUUUCAUAUCCACUAGUUUAAAGAAUUUGCCGCCUACACCAUCAGCUCCUUCAUAUGUGUUGGCUGAGAAUUUUGGGCUUGUUUGCCAUUUCAUUCUAUCCUGUAGACUGUGGUGCUGUCUGAACAUAUUCUGGUUUGUAGAAUUUCUAAUUUGUUGGUUCCAUGGGCAAUUCUCUCUCUCCUUAUAGGUGAUGGCUGUGUGAAUGGGGAGGAGAUUUUGAAUUGAGAUGGAUUAUCUUAGUUUUCUAUUGUUUGAAGUGUGUGCCAGCAGCGUUUAGCUUGAUCUUCUGAGGAAAAACAGUGGUUAGUCUCAUCAUUUAGUUGCUUGCUACAAGAAUUAUUGGAAGUCUCUGGGCAGGUAAGAGAACGCGUACAUGCAAUGUUGCUGGUGUAAGAGAAUUGUGCCUAAAUGAGAGGCAUGAAUGGGAAGGCAGAUCUGCUAAGGGGGUCCUGUAGGGAAUGCAGCCCAGGUUGGAUAUCUAAAAGUGAGGGUUGUCGCCGUGUAAGAGAACAGCUGAAACUGGAGUAUGCAUGCUAAUUAAGAGUUUUAGGAACAGAUGAUUAUGUUUAAAAAUAGGAUUCUCUCAACCAUGAACUGGAAAUGAUAAUUCAAGAUAUUAAGUAGAUGUUGGAGGACGACUGGAUUGUUAUCAUCCUUCACGCUAAGAGGCCUGCAAAUGCGGUUGCACAUGGAUUAGCCAAGAUGGGAGCACAGAUGACUGAAGAUGAUCUUAAGUACUACUACUACCCUCCCAAGCCAGUUACAGAAGCUUUUGCUAGAGAUCUCAAACGCAACUAGCAGCGUUGGUAUGAGUAAUCAGGCUCCUGGUCACACGCCUGUUCUCUCUGUUUUUCAGCUUCAACUACGGCAUAUGCUACUAACCUUUAUGCUUUAUGUACUGUGUUAGGGAUAGCUGGUGUUAUAUCUAAUAGCUUUCCCUCUUUUAUUUCCUGUCUCAAUGUGAUGAGCAGCACUAUGUUGCUUAAAGGCAUUUAGGCCUUAUCUAUAAUGUUAUCUUUGGUGUGUGUCAAAAAAUAUAUGUAUAUAAACUAUGAAUAAUACAAAGAUGUGCGGAUCAAAGGCACAGUCAA